AGCCUCUUGCUGGCAAGGCAUGAGGUGUGAAACGCGAAGCUUGAUCACCCAAUCGUCUCGUCUAUCCUCUUGAAGAAGACGCACUUACUUUCCCUAUAUAUAUGUACUCCUGCUGCCUGCGGCUUCCGGCGUGUUUGUGCAAUACGCUCCUCUUCCUGCUUGCCCCCUUAUUCUCUUUCUGAAUUUGAUCCCGGUUGUUGAGGGCUUAGUUCUUCGAUUAAAGUUUCGUCGAUCAUGGAAAAUUCUGGAAAGAAGGUUUUGCUCACCUCCAAUUGCGAUGAGAUUUCUCUCAACAUUGCCCAGCAUCUGGCAAAACGCGGUUGCAGAUUGGUUCUGAUGGGAAAGGAGCAGAGGCUUAGGAUUGCCGCAGAGAAGAUAAAUAGCUCGUUGAACGGCGUGGCUGUUGUCGAAGUAGUUGGAUUAGAUAUGGAAGAGGAGAGAGAGGCGGUUUUCGAUGAAGCGGUCGAUAAGGCGUGGCAGAUUCUUGGGAACUUGGACUCUUUUGUCGAUUGCUACUCUUAUGAAGGAAAAUCGCAGGAUCCUCUUCAGUUGGCUGAAGAUGAAUUCAAAAAGAUUGUUAAAAUAAAUUUCAUGGCUGCAUGGUACUUGUUGAAAGCUGUUGGCAGGAGAAUGCGUGAUCACAAAUCAGGAGGAUCCAUUGUAUUUUUGACCUCAAUAAAUGGUGGUGAGAGAGGCAUAUAUCCAGGAGCUGCUGCUUAUGGUUCAUGUUUAGCAGGAGUGCAGCAAUUAGUUAGGACAUGUGCCAUGGAGAUUGGGAAGUACAAUAUCAGGGUCAAUGGAAUCGCGCGUGGCUUGCACCUGCACGACGAGUUCCCGUUAUCAGUGGGGACGGAAAGGGCAGAGAAGCUGGUGAAGGACGCAGCCCCACUCAACAGAUGGCUUGAUGUGAAAAACGACUUGGCUUCCACGGUCAUCUAUUUGAUAAGUGAUGGAUCCCGCUACAUGACUGGCACCACCAUAUUUGUUGACGGAGGCCAGUCAUUAACAAGGCCCCGGAUGCGAUCCUUUAUGUAGCAGAACGAAAGAACAUCCAUCAACAGGUGCUAUGCAGCAAAAACCAUCCCAAGUCUGAUUCAAAUGCUACAGAAACUUUUUAAGAUUUGCCAGUUUUGUUGAUGUUAUGUUUUAGUGCCCAUAUAAAUGAAUAAAUAUUUCCUUCAAUAUCUCUCAAUUAAAUUCCCUUUUUCUUUGUGUUA